CGGGCCCUAGGCAAACGGAGCAGGUCUACUAGCAGAGGCGCGUCACUGAGAGGACUCCGCAGCAAGUGAUACGCCCAGAAAAUAUCAACCAGAAAACAAAAUCUCAUCAUGGCAAAUAUCCACCAGGAAAACGAAGAAAUGGAGCAGCCCCCGCAGAAUGGACAGGAAGACCGCCCUUUGGGAGGAGGUGAUGGCCACCAGCCUGCAGCGAACAACCACAACCACAACCACAACCACAACCGAAGAGGACAGGCUCGCAGACUUGCCCCUAACUUUCGAUGGGCCAUACCUAAUAGGCAGAUUAAUGAUGGGCUGGGUGGAGAUGGAGAUGAUAUGGAAAUGUUCAUGGAAGAGAUGAGAGAAAUCAGGAGGAAACUUAGGGAGCUACAGUUGAGAAAUUGUCUCCGUAUUCUUAUGGGGGAGCUCUCUAAUCACCAUGAUCAUCAUGAUGAAUUCUGCCUUAUGCCUUGACUUCAGCCAUUUUCCAUGAGCUUCAUACUGUGACUCCUGCUGUUUUCCUUUUCCUUGCAUUUUCCUGACAUGCCUUUACUGAUUCGUGUGUGGUGAGCAUUGUGUUAUUUCCAUGUGCCAGGUGGGACAUAUGUUACCAGCUUCUAAUUGGAGAUUGCCUUCCCACUCAGUGUAAGUUUCUGUCAACAGUACAGUGUUGCCUAUUUGCAUGGAAAAAAAUUGAAGUCAAUAAAGCAGCUGAAAAGCAA